CGCCCAGCCGGGGCUGCUCCCGCCGCCGCCGGGAAGCGCGGGGGGUCCCCGGCGGCCGCCCGGCCUCCGCCGUGACAUAGGAAAUAAAAUAAUGCUAAUGAAGCAACCAUUUCUCUGAAGUUUGAGUUUUCAGACUCACUGCCAUAAUGGAUGAGCAGCAAGCUUUGAAUUCAAUCAUGCAGGAUUUGGCUGUGCUUCAUAAGGCCAGUCGUCCUGUAUUGCCCCAGCAAGAAACAGGAAAACCAAAGUCAUCUUCCCCUAAAAAACAGAAUGAUGUUAGAGUCAAAUUUGAGCAUCGAGGUGAAAAAAGGAUCCUGCAAUUACCAAGGCCUGUUAAACUUGAAGAUCUUGCAGCUAAAGCUAAAGUUGCUUUUGGACAGACUAUGGAUUUACAUUACAGCAAUAAUGAGCUUGUAAUUCCAUUAACCACACAGGAUGACCUGGACAAAGCUGUUGAACUACUUGACCGUAGUGUACAUAUGAAGAGUCUCAAGAUACUGCUUGUAAUACAUGGAAAUACACAGUCACCCAGUGUAAAUAAUGUGGAACCCUUGCCCUCACUGGAAGAUUUAGAUAAUACAGUGUUUGGUGUGACAGACAGAAAAAGGCGACUCUCUGUAAUAGGUUCUAAUACUCGUGACAGGAGUUCACCUCCCCCAGGAUACAUUCCAGAUGAGCUGCAUCAGGUGGCUCGAAAUGGAUCCUUCACCAGUAUCAACAGUGAGGGUGAAUUCAUUCCAGAAAGUAUGGAUCAGAUGCUGGAUCCAUUGUCUUUGAGCAGUCCUGAAAACUCUGGCUCAGGAAGCUGUCCCUCGCUUGACAGCCCAUUAGAUGGGGAAAACUAUCCCAAGUCUCGGAUGCCACGAGCACAGAGCUAUCCAGAUAAUCAUCAGGAAUUCUCAGUAGAGUAUGAUAUCCCAAUAUUCGAGAAAUUUGGAAAAGGGGGGACUUAUCCCAGAAGAUACCAUAUUUCAUAUCAUCAACAAGACUACAAUGAUGGUCGUAAAACUUUUCCAAGAGCCAGAAGGACUCAGGGCAACAGCUUCCGAUCCCCGGUCAGUUUCAGCCCCACUGAUCACUCACUGAGCACCAGCAGUGGGAGCAGCGUCUUCACCCCGGAGUACGAGGAUAACCGCAUGAGGAGGAGGGGCAGUGACAUUGACAAUCCCACCUUGUCAGUCAUGGACAUCAGCCCACCCAGCCGCUCACCACGAGCUCCAACUAACUGGAGACUUGGUAAACUGCUGGGUCAAGGUGCCUUUGGCAGAGUGUAUCUGUGUUAUGAUGCUGACACUGGACGAGAACUGGCUGUUAAACAAGUGCAGUUUGAUCCCGAUAGCCCCGAAACCAGCAAGGAAGUAAAUGCACUUGAGUGUGAGAUUCAGUUGCUGAAAAAUCUGCUGCAUGAAAGAAUUGUUCAAUAUUAUGGCUUCUUGAGAGAUGCACCUGAAAGGACACUCUCAAUAUUCAUGGAGUACAUGCCUGGGGGUUCCAUCAAAGACCAAUUGAAAUCAUACGGAGCGCUCACAGAGAACGUGACUCGUAAAUACACACGGCAGAUUCUGGAAGGAGUUCACUAUUUGCACAGUAAUAUGAUUGUCCAUCGAGAUAUUAAAGGAGCGAAUAUUCUGCGGGACUCAGCAGGCAAUGUGAAGCUUGGUGACUUCGGUGCCAGCAAACGGCUGCAGACCAUCUGUCUGUCUGGUACAGGAAUGAAGUCUGUCACAGGGACUCCCUACUGGAUGAGUCCUGAAGUUAUUAGUGGAGAAGGGUACGGCAGAAAAGCAGACAUCUGGAGUGUAGGUUGCACAGUGGUAGAAAUGCUCACUGAGAAGCCCCCGUGGGCAGAGUUUGAAGCCAUGGCUGCCAUCUUUAAAAUUGCCACUCAGCCAACCAACCCCCAGCUCCCUCCUCACGUCUCCGACCACGCUCGGGAUUUCUUGAAACGGAUUUUUAUCGAGGCCAAGCUGCGACCGUUUGCAGAUGAACUGCUGAGACACACGUUUGCACACUAUCACUAACACCUGCCUCAACUCAGCUUGCAUCUACUGCAUUUAUUUUCUAUUUGACUGCACUUUUAUUUUUUAUUUUUUACAAAGAAAAAGGAGAAAAAAAGACAAGAGAGAGAAUAUUCUCUUGAAUCUUUGUUUCAUUUAGAUUGUAAACAAUCUAAAAUUUGUAUCUAAAAUGAGAAUCUUCUCUUCCCCCCUCCCACCAGGACUAGAACUUUUUGUUUCUAUAAUGUACUGAUGUGGUUGAUGUAGAUAAAGCACUUUAGUACAUAUUUGUUCCUUAUUUAAAGAGGAAAAAAAAUUACAAAUGCUUGGACAGUCAGGAACUGUGUGACUUUUUCUGACACCGCUGACUGACUCAGGGUGCAGGGAAAAAUAGACAUGCAGCUAAUGGACAAGAAGGUUACUUCUAUGUGAUUCUUAUCUAUAUUGUAGGUACUUGCAGCAGAGAGUUCUAAGUUCUUACUGUAUUUUAGCAUUUAAUCAGCUUCUGGAAUGUACAGUUUAAGCAGGAACAUGUGGUUCUGAGAGUUAAUUGAUGAAGCUGGAAGAACUUAGAACUCUUUGUGCAGCAGCAUGUCUAGCUGGUACUUCUAUGUGACCAAAAGAAAAUAACAAAAACGAGCUCAAAACUGAUGUACUAGUUAGAGAUUUUGGUGUAGAAUUAUUGUAUUAUCUUAAUAUGAAAAUAAUUACAGGUAAACAGAUUAUGGGCCCAGACUCCUAGAAACUACUAUACUGCAAAGGGGAAAUUUUCCAUGCUAGACAAGGGUCAGCUAUUGGAUGUAAAUAGUUAGGAGAAUGCCUCCUGCUCUAUCUGCCAAAGAGAACCUCUGUUGCAUAAGCUUUGAGGGAGACAGUUAUCUUAGCUGAUAAAAAAUACUAAUGUUGAGGGUCAGUUCUCCUCCACAGUCCCAUGAAUGGCUGCAGGGGAAAGGGAAUGACUAAUCCUUGUGCAGUAUAUGAGUUACUGGAUUCAGAAUGAGCUAUAAGAAAUAUUUGCAAAGCUGUUGAGAGGCGCUAGAAUGGAAUGUAUGUCAACAUCAAGUGCCUGAAUAAUAUAAAAUUCUUCCCAUUCUGCACUAAAAAAAAAUUGGUUUAGUAAUGCAGGUCAGUCUAGGAUGCAUUGAAAAUUCCUGAAAUAAAGUCAAACAUCUCUUAACAUCAGGAAAGAGUCACUGAGAAAGCUAAGAUUCCAGUUACAUUUUUAAUAAGGUUGCACUGAUAAAUCCUAUGAAGAAGGAGGCACAGCACAGAAAAUUGUACAAAGAACAGGCCAAAAGUGCAGAGAGCCAGCAAUUAAAUAACAUGAGUGUGAAUAUUCCAGCCUGAUAAUCCAGAUUGGUAUUUGUCAGAUUUCCAGCUGUCAUAAAGUGUACGUGAAUUACUUUUUAUAUUUCUGAAAGAGCAUAAUAAAAGAAUUAAAAAUCUGAAAUAAUGCUUCUCAGCUGAGAAGCCCAGGUACUGAUCAGGUGUAGUGAAUAACUGUCUUUUCACAAUAGAAAAAUCAGACUCUCAUAUUUUUGUAGAAGAACAGAACAUAGAUAAUUUAAAGGGGCAUUUGGAAAUAAACUAUUGGACAACA